AUGCUUGAGAUAGGUGCCGCCGUGAAAUCAAAGCCUCCAACAGUUAUGAACGCUGCAUCUCAGUCUCCUCCAUCUCCAUCGGAACUCAUUACCAUAACAUCUCCUAUAGAUGAUAGAAUAACCAUAAAAUUCAAAACACCUCUGAAAGGUACCUGCGAAACAGUUUUUGAUACCCAACAGCAAUACACUGGAUGGAUUAGUACACCUGAAAGAUAUGCCACAAACACUUUUUUUUGGUUCAUUGCAGCCAGAGAUCCAACAGAUCAACUAGCAAUUUGGCUGAAUGGCGGACCAGGCAGUAGCUCAAUGAUUGGAUUGUUCACUGAAAAUGGCCCCUGCGAAGUAAUAGAGCUUGAAAGAGGAAAAUAUGGAACGAAGGCACGAGAGUGGGGAUGGGAUAGAGGUGCAAAUAUUCUAUAUAUCGAUCAGCCAAACCAAGUCGGAUUCUCAUACGACACUCCUAAAAACGGAUCAAUUGAUCUUCUGACAUCUAACAUAUACACUCCUCCUCAGGUCGUGCCAAACUCUCAACCUGGAAUAACUUUCUUGAAUGGUACAUUUAGCUCGCUGAAUCAAAACAACACAGCAAACACGACACAGUCAGCUGGCAUGGUAAUCUGGCACAUGCUUCAAGGAUUUCUGGGAACAUUCCCUCAAUUCACGAAUAACACAUCAAUGUCCGUACAUUUAUUUGCCGAGAGUUAUGGUGGGAAGUAUGGUCCAGAAUUCUCCACGAUAUGGGAGAAUCAAAAUCAAAAGCGUUUAACUGGGGAAAUAUCAAGGCUUAAUACGAUCGAGAUUAAACUUGCUUCACUUGGUAUAAUUAACGGCUGUGUAGAUGAUUUAAUUCAAGCACCCUAUUGGCCUAAGAUGGCCAUUAACAAUACUUUUGGCUUGACAACUAUUAAUCCAGUCCGAGCUAACCUCGCAUUAGCAAGCUUCUACGCACCUGGAGGCUGUAGGGACUUAAUACAGCGCUGUAGGGAAAUGGUCAAAGUAAUUGAUCCAGAUGGCAUUGGAAAUAUAGUUGAGGUGAACAGUAUAUGCUCAGCUGCGUAUGUGAGCUGUACCGAAAAGGUUAUGAAUUCAUAUCUUGACUCUGGCCGAAGCUUUUAUGAUAUUGCGCAUCUGUUACCCGAAACGUCUCCCUCCAACACAUACCUGGAAUACCUAAAUAGUGCCGAAUUUCUGGCUGCAAUAGGAUCCCCCGUCAACUUCACACAGACAAAUCAUAACGUUGUCAGCGCCUUUCUCGCCACUGGUGACAAUGAAAGAUUAGCGUUAACACCGAGGAUUGCUUACCUUCUACAAUCAGGCGUAAGAGUUGGGUUCGUAUAUGGUGAUCGGGAUUAUGUUUGCAACUGGUUUGGAGGAGAGGCCAUUUCACUCGCCGUUGCUGCUCAAGCCUCAUCAUCCUACACCUCAAUCUUCCCCAACUCUGGAUACGCACCUAUAAUCGUAAAUUCUUCUUAUAUUGGCGGUGUUGUACGCCAGUUUGGCAAUUUGUCCUUCAGUCGUAUAUACGAUGCCGGUCAUAGUGUUCCGGCAUAUCAACCAGAAACAGCCUUUCAAGUUUUUGCACGCAUCAUGAAAGGAACCUCUAUUUCUACCGGACAGCCUAUUGACCUUUCCACUUACAACACUACUGGUCCUCUAAAUGCAACUAGAACAAACGCAGUGCCUGAAGCGCCAACAGCAACAUGUUUUUUGCGUAACGUACCAGAGACUUGCACAGAUCAACAAAAAAAUAUGCUUAUGAAGGGCAAGGGUGUCAUUAUUAAUGGAAAGCUCUUCAAUCAUAUCGAGGACUAUAACUCUGCGUCUCCAAAUAGAUCUAUAUCUACAAUGAACGGAAGCGUCACAGUGACAACUACAACUGAGGUUUUGACUGGUUUCUUUACUGCAACCUGCACACCAAGUUCAAAAAGUAAAUCCUUGGCAAAAAGAUUCAAUACCUCAAAUAGCGAGCAUGAAUUAACACCUGGAUUCCAAAAGGAUAACCAGGCUAUUGUAAUGAUUUAA